CGUAAAAAUAAAAAUAUUAUAGAAAUAAAAAUUUAAAUAACAAAAAAAAUGUCUGAAAAUAACAAUUUCGAUGAUGAAAUCAUUGACGUCUCGAGUGAUCCAGUUCCCAGUACCUCGAUGUCAAUAAACGAAGAAUCUCUUUAUUACCCGGUUAAUGAAAAAAUAAAAACUGGCUUCGGUAGAAUGAUCAGGCCAAGUCUGCCGAACAUUGGCAAUCAUUUGAAACGUCUAAUGAGAUUUAAAAGCCAGCGAGAAGUAAAUAGCACCGCGGAUAAUGAGAGGUCCGAAGUAGUCGAAGUAAUGGAAGUCGAAGAUCAAGAUGAAGACGAAGACGAACAUCUGAAUGUAGGCGUAGGUACAGAACCUGAAACUGCAAUUUAUAAUCAAACAGUAGCCACUGAUUUAAAUGAUUCGUUCCAAUCUUCAAACUUGGCUUCCGGUUUUACGAUCGACCAUCAUCCAUCACUGUCCAUUUUUCUGGACAACAAUCAAGUCAGCUCAAGCUCCUCUGCUCAAAUGGAAAUUUCAAUUAGGCCCUCUAAUUUAUUUCAAUAUUAUUCUAAUUCUUUACCAUUGGCCUCAUCAUCUUUCUUUACAAAUGAUUUACCAGCAGAGAGUGACUUGACAAUAUCAACACUGUAUUAUCCAAAUGAAGUUAAUCCAUUAAUGAUAUCACAGAGUCUAAAUACCAGCUCCCAUGUCGUGUACGAUAUGACAUUAGCAAACAUAAUUAAUGAGGAAGGUGCAAUUGUCGCGAGAAAUCCUCUAGAGUUCGCAGCAACCUUGGACAUUUUUGCUGGAGAUGAAAGUAGUCAUAGAAUAGCUCAUGAACCACGAAGAGUUCCUUUAAUUGUUUCUAAUAAUAAUAAUCAUGUUUCUUCUUUAAAUGUCGGUAAUAGUUUAUCUUCUGGGAGUGAGAGCAGUAGUGAAAGUGUAAUAAUCAGUGAAUUCGGUGAAACAAAUUCUUUGAUGCGUCGCCGGAGGCAUGAAGUACGACAAUUGUAUGACGUUGCAAUGAGACGAAAUGUAAGGAAACCGUUUCUUUUUUAUAAUGAUGAGCCGUCUAUUUAUUAACGACAAAAAAACUGUCCGAGAGUACAAUUCAAAGGCCACGAAGUGAAUGUAAAUAGAUGUAUAAAUUUUAAACAAGGCUCACUUUUAUACAGAAAAAAUAAAAAGUGAAAAUAAUAAUAAAGAUGUCGAUUAAAUUUUUAAUGAUUUUAUCUCGUCAAUUAUCGUUGUCAAAUAAAUCAAUUGUUCGUACAAAAAUUAGAGACUUUUGCAAUUAUUUAAUGUGUAUGUAUUGUGUUGAUUAUAAAAAUCCGCGUGUUGCGAAAAAUUAACAAUAAUGUUUCCUUCCUCAGCUGUUUAUUCUCUUCCCAGGAUACUAAACACGGAAGCCAUGCUUUAGUUCCUCUAAGUUGGGUUUAUUUUUUGUUUUUCUCAUCAUCUUUUUAUAGAAUAAUUAAAUCUGCGUAUUAUAUGAAUUUUUUCACUGAGAAACAACAGUAAAAGGUGAUGCAACUGUUUUUUGGUGACAUAUGCAAUUUAUUAUCUUGUUUUUAGUUCAUUUUGGAAAUGAUUCAAUAAUUAACCCGAAG